AGGAAAUCCACAUCUAAUUCAAGAUGAGGAAGCGCGCGGAGUGCUAUAGUCGACUUCCGCAAAUAUAACAACCCGAUGCCAGGUUAGAAAGAGGUUUGGUCAAAAGACGACUUGUACACGAUAAUCAUGGGUCUUUUAGGACUCAUCCUUCGCAUCCUUGGAUUAUUUUCAAACCAUCCUCGGCGACUCUUACUUCCAUAUCUACUACGACAUGGUCUUACACUCCCUGGAGGGCUUGUCCACUUGUUGCCGGAUGGAACAGUAGUAAAAGUGGGCAAUCCUGCUUUUCUUCAGCUCGAAGCAGAGGCUACCAAAUAUGCUCGGGAUCACACUCAGCUCCCUAUCCCUCGUGUCUAUGACUUUUUUACCCCUAGCGAUGGCCAUAAAGGCUACCUCGUUAUGCAGCACAUGCCUGGAGAUAUGCUGCAACGUAAAUGGCGGUUUCUGUCAUCCGAACAGAGGAAUUCUAUCAUGGCUCAGGUUAGGAACAUGAUUGAGGAACUGCGUGCCAUCCGUCAACCAGAGCCGCAAGGCUGGAUAGGAUCAUCAUCUUGCGGUCCCUUCCGAGAUUUCCAUAGCCGAAUUCAACGACUUUCGGAUGGGUUGUUUUGACAACUUUGCUUACAGUGAAAAUCCUGUAACGAAGGAACGUCUUGCUCGUAUUGGUCGAGAAAUGCCGGUUGCCAGUGAUAUCGUGUUCACUCAUGGGGACAUCACACGACGGAAUCUUUUGGUGGAUGACAGCGCAAAAGUUGUAGGUAUUAUAGACUGGGAACAGGCUGGUUGGCGCACAACGUACUGGGAAAAAGUCAAAAUAUGCUUUGGAGGGAAUACAAGCUCGGGUUAGUUUGCCGAGGGUCAGUUUGAGGGGUAUGAAGAUGAUAUUGCACGCGAGGUCGAGUUGCACCUUAUCCAUGGUGGAGGGAGUAUGUGAUAGUAAACAUCGAAAAAUUCGCUGUAUUGUA